AUGAAAUUGCCGGUCCGCAAAUGUUAUCAUGCGGCAAAAAUAGGUUUCUUUUUAAUAUUUGUUGUGACAAUUUUGACUUUAUUUGAACAUUGGCGAGGCGGGAAACGUAGUACAAGCGCCCAAACAUACGACCCAGAAGAGGGAUAUGAAAAAGAGAUUUUAGAAGACGAGGCUAAAAUAAUUCCUGGCUUGGGUGAAGGUGGUGCUGCAGCUCAUUUGUUUGGAGCAGCGAAACGUCUCGGUGAAGAAUCCGAGAAAAAACUCGCUAUUAACGUAUACUUAAGUGAUCGAAUAGCAUAUAAUAGAACUCUAAAAGAUCAUAGAAAUCCCGCAUGUCAAAGAGUAGUGUAUGAUGCAGAAUUGCCAUCAGCAUCAGUUAUUCUAAUCUUUCACAAUGAACCAUAUUCAGUGGUUGUGAGAACUAUAUGGAGUGUUCUCAACAGUGCUAGGAGAGACCAGCCUUGGUAUAGAAAAGCAAAUUUUGUUGAUAGAGAAACAGGAAGGACAAUGAAACUCGGGUAUCCCAACCAAGACCCAAAUUCCCAAUUUGUGUAUCUAAAGGAAAUAAUCUUAGUUGACGACAAUUCAACUUUACCAGAGUUGAAAGGCAAGCUCAGUCACUAUGUGCGUUCGAGAUUGCCCCCGGACCUUAUACGGAUUUUGAGGUUGCCUGAUCGCGUGGGCCUCACCCGAGCCCGUCUAGCCGGCGCGCGAUACGCGACAGGCGACGUACUAAUAUUCUUAGACGCCCAUUGCGAAGCUCAACAGGACUGGUUGAGACCGCUCUUACAACGCAUUAAGGACUCUAACCACUCUGUCGUGGUCCCCAUCAUUGACGUCAUCGAGGCGUCUAACUUCUACUACAGCGUCCAAGAUUCAGUCACAUUUCAGGUG